AUGCAGACCAUGUGAGUUGAUCUGAGGCUUGAAAUUCAUUUUAAGAGUUUAUCCUUCUUGAUAAUUCAUUUUAUUCUGAUGGAAGUUCUAAGCUUUUUCCCGAUUCGUGGAUUUUCAGAUUUACAAAGAUAGAUUAUUUUUUUCGAUUUUACUUGGUCCAUUCAAAAAAAGUUUUUUUGAAGUUUUUUUAUUCAUGAAGUUUAUUUUUUUCAUGAACCCCAAGACUUUUUCCGGAAAGAUCCAACCUGAAAGAUCUCCAGAAAAAUUUUUGGCGAUAUCGCGCUUUUUUUGCUCGAAUAAGACCUUUCUUUAACUUCACAAGAGAAUUUUGGCUUCGAAAAAAAUUCGCUCAAAAAAAUUUUUCAAAAACCUCAGAUUUUUUUAAACUUGCGUUCAGGUUUUAUCAAAUUUUAUACUCUCUUUUUUUAAAUUUGCAUAGAAAAAGCAUCAGGUUUUGUGAGCUUCUUGGAAUCUUGUCGAUUUUAUGCCUUUCAAGGUACGCAUUUCGAGUUAUAAGGAUGUUUACCUGAUCAGAAAAUCCAGCUCUCUGAGAAGUCUCAUACUCAUUUUCACAUUUCUCCUUGCAGCUCGAUGUUCGUCGCCAUCGGCCUCGCGGUCGCCACCUCGGCUCAAUUUGCCGCCUGGCCGGCCCAGUCCUACUCGCCGUUCUACCAGUCCUUGUUCGGAGCUGCUUCUUCACCGGUCCUGUCGGCACCUCUCAAUGGAGGAGUCGCACCAGUCGCCGCCGCGCCGCCAGUCUUCGCUGCCCCAGCUCCCGUUCUAGCUGCUCCAGCGCCAGUCUUUGCUGCUCCAGCCCUUCCAGUGGCGCGAGCUCCAGUCUUCGCUGCUCCAGCUCCAGUAUUUACUGCCCCAGCUCCAAUUCUUGCUGCUCCAGCCCCAGUCCUGGCUGCUCCUCGACUCGUCCCAGCGUACGCUCCUUUCGCCACCUCCGCCAUGUUCAUCGGCUCCAACAAGGCCAAGAAGUUCGUUUCAACCCUUGGAAUAUUUCAUUCUUCAUUUUAUUUCAGGAACUAA